AUGAAUGAGAUGCAUUCUCUAAAGUUGAUAUUUCUGGUGAAUUUGGUCAUCAUAUUCACUCAAACUGACGGGCAAAGAGCAUGUUCUGAAGAAGAGAGGACAGGGCUGUUAGAACUGAAGUCGUUUCUGAAGAUAGACGUCAUGAAUGGUGCAGAGCAUGAUGUACUGCCUUCAUGGGUCGAUGAUCCGACGAGUGAUUACUGUGGCUGGGAGAGACUUAGCUGCAACUCCACCACCGGACGGCUUCACAGGCUCUCCCUCUUCAAUAUACGACUGUCUAAUUUACAUGAUUUUUACUGUUUCGAUUCACCCAAUUGGAACAUCACCUUAUUCCAGUCUUUUAAACAUCUAAAAACUCUCAUUUUAGCCUACAAUUGUAUGACAUGGACAGAGAACCAAGGUUGGUCUAGGCUACAACAGCUGGAGACGUUGGAUCUUUCGUAUAACAUUUUAACAAGCAGCCAUCUGCAUUCUUUGAGGAAACUCAAAUCGCUUAAGAAUUUGAACCUUAGUGGCAAUUCCUUUAACGGGUCCUUCCCUGCCCGAGAACUAUCUGCUUUUGAAAACUUGGAGACACUGGAUUUAAGUUUAAAUAGACUACAAGAUUCUCCAACAAAGUUCGAUUCUGUGGAUUGCUCAAAGCUCAGGAACGUAAUUCUGCAUGACAACACCUUCACCGGUACUAAUAUUAUAAGGUUUCUGGGCUCACUUCCGUCCCUAAAGUCUCUUGAUCUUUCCGAUAAUGUUAUGCGAGGCACUCUGUCGAAUCAAGAUUUGAUAACAUUGGGAAGAUUGGAGGUAUUAGAUUUACGCAAUAAUAUUAUGGAAGGAGGUAUUCCUCAAAAUAUUGGGAAUCUAUCCCAUCUUAAAGCUCUGUAUUUGGCAGAUAAUUACUUCAAUGGCUCUUUGCCGGUCCACGGGUUGUGUGAAUUGAGGAGACUUCAAGUGUUAGAUAUUCAUCAUAAUAGUUUCCAAGGAACUCUUCCCCCUUGUCUAAGCAAUCUGACAUCUCUAAAGAUUCUUGAUCUGCAUCAUAAUCACUUCAGCGGCACCAUUACAUCAUAUUCAAUACCAAGCCAAAAGUUUCUUCAGUUCAUGGAUAUUAGCCAUAAUGAUUUCGAGGGUUCCUUCUCUCUUAGCUCCAUAUUCAAUCACUCGAAGCUUGAGGUAGUCGUACUCGGGAGCAAAGAGAACAAACUGCAGAUUGAUAAUGAUGAACAAGCUGGGAUCCCGUUGUUUCAACUAAAGGUAUUGCUGCUUUCGAAUUGUAACAUGAAGAAUGCUCCUCGGUUUUUGCUAAGCCAGCAUCGGUUAAUAUGGGUUGAUAUCUCGCACAAUGACUUGAGCGGAGCCCUGCCUUUCUGGUUGCUUGAAAAUAACACUGAUCUACAGUUUCUGAACCUUAGGAAUAAUUCGUUUAUCGGGAAUCUCAAUCCUCUUCGGAAGAAUCCUAUGAGUGGUGUGGUUCAUGUUGAUGUAUCAAACAAUCAUGUUGAAGGGCAUCUUCCAAUGGAUCUUGGACUGUUUCUUCCAAAUUUACAGUAUCUCAAUUUAUCCUGUAACUUGUUUGAAGGCGAGCUCCCGUCCUUGGUUGGUGUCAUGACGAAGUUGUCGUGGUUGGAUUUAUCCUUCAAUAAUUUAUCAGGAGAAGUUCCAAAGGAAUUGGUAGAAAAUUGCAUUGAUCUAGUUGGUUUGAUGUUGAACAACAACAGUUUUCAUGGUGAAUUCUUUUCCGCUGAUCACUUCAACUUGAGUAGAGUACAAGUGUUGAGACUGGGGAACAAUAAGUUCACCGGAAGUCUAAUAACAAAGAAGGAAUUCUAUAGUUCCAUGAAACUCUUUGAUGUUAGCAACAACAACAUGGCCGGUGAGAUUCCUAAUGGAAUAGAUGCUGAGGUUCUUUUACUGCAGAACAAUUCUUUCGAAGGCCACAUGCCAUGUGAAGGAUUUUAUGAAGCGCAGGUCAUUGAUAUUUCUCAUAACUUGCUGUCGGGACCGAUACCGUCUUGCUUGAUCGAGAAUUUUCAAGGUUAUUCACCUGUUUUCUUGUUGAACAUCAGAGAUAACAGAUUUUCUGGAAACAUUCCUUCCCAACUUGGUCCACUUCGUCACUUACAAAUUCUUUUGUUAGGAAAUAAUCUCUUCGAUGGCUUGAUUCCGAGACAGUUGUGUCAAUUAACAGAGAUAACCAUAUUGGAUCUUUCCAACAACUCCUUUUCUGGUCCAAUACCAAGCUGCUUGAGUGAUUUACCAUUCGGAAGUGCUUCCAAUGAUUUCGUUAAAGACUUUACAUUUUCUUAUGAUUUUCACAAUCUCCUUCAAGAAUUUUAUGACUUUACCAGUUUCUGGGAUAGUAAUAGGCUAGAUGUCAUGUAUGUGUGUAAUGUAGACUUUGUCACUAAACAUAGUCUCCUUUCUUACAAAGGAAACAUUCUGAAUUACAUGGCUGGAUUAGAUCUGUCAUGCAACAAUCUGACGGGCGCAAUUCCUCAGACUCUUGGGAAGCUGUCAUUCCUUCACGGACUCAACUUAUCCCACAAUCAUCUGACGGGGUGCAUUCCGGUUUCGUUCUCGAAUCUCCCUCAAAUCGAGAGCCUGGAUUUGUCCUACAACAAUCUAAGCGGGAAAAUCCCAUCGGAGCUGGUCAAGCUUAACUUCCUGGAAGUCUUCAGUGUGGCACACAACAACUUAUCAGGCAGAGUCCCAGACAAAGGCCAAUUCGCGAAUUUUGGCAUCGACAGUUACGAAGGAAAUCCAUUCCUUUCUGGCAUACCAUCGGAGAAAAACCACACGGCAUUGCCACCAGAUGGAGCCGAAGAAAAAUGGUAUGCAAUGGACCGUAAUUCUUUCCUUGCAAGUUUUUUUACAAGUUAUUGUGUGGUCUUGUGGACAUUGGGGGCUGUUCUCUACCUCAACCCCAACUGGCGAAGGAGGUGGUUUCGUUUCAUCGAGAAUUCUAUCUACUGCUGCUAUUACUUUGUUCAUGAUGCUGUUCGUAACUUAGCUACCAUGUUCAAUCAUUAG